UUAUGAUAGAAUCUAACUCCAAUAAAAUAAAUAACAACGAAGUAAUAAUUAAUGCAACAUAUUUUUAUUAGCAACGAAGCAAUAAUAAUAGCAACAAUUUCUUAAUAUAUAAUUAAAAUUGCCACCGAUUGGAAUAAGUUUGACACCGUACGCUUGCAGAAUAGUUGACCCCGUUUACAUCGAGGGAUAAUUUUGACCCCAAACGCUUCGUAGGCUCCGAAAAUAUCACCUAUCUUUUCCAUGUCGAUCCUAUAGCGUUGGUUAUUCCCCCAGCGACAUGUUAACCAUUAUAAUCUGACCCCAACCCCACGAUGUCGUCAUCCCCAGCCGUGGAACCAUCAUCCCCCUCCACGACCCCAUCCUCGCCCGCACUACGAGCUGACUGCGCGCAAUUCCACUCUUCAACUCCGUAUUUUACUGGACGGAAGGCGCCACAGCCCCCACUCAACGUGGUACUACCAGUUACUGCGCCAGCCACACCGCCUACUUACAGUGAGGCCACGUUGACGCCACCACCAAGAUCUCCCGGGGUGCCAGCGGUUGCCAGUCCAGCAUCCGCGUCGGGGGACGCACGGUCCCAUCCACCUGACGGAACCUCCUCUGAUAAGUCGUCAGAAACAGCAGUGGGCGGCGUAACACGGCCGGCAAGUACGGCACUCUCUCGCAAGGAGAGUUACAAAGCACAGAGACAACACUACAGAAGAGAGAAGAAGAGAGCAGCGUCAGCUCUACUCCAUUCCAUCGAGGAUCCCUCGGUCGUUGUACUAGCUGAUUGGCUGAAGGUUCGUGGAUCGUUAAAGUCUUGGACAAAGUUAUGGUGUGUACUGAAACCUGGAUUAUUGCUGCUUUAUAAGAGUCCUAAAGCUAAGAGCAGCCACUGGGUAGGCACAGUGCUAUUAACGUCGUGCCAAGUAAUAGAGCGGCCGAGUAAGAAGGACGGCUUCUGUUUCAAACUGUACCAUCCGCUCGAGCAGAGCAUCUGGGCGCCGCGGGGACCACAUAACGAGACCAUCGGAGCGGUAGUACAGCCUCUCCCGACUGCUCAUCUAAUAUUCCGCGCCCCAUCACAAGCUGCCGGCCAUUGCUGGCUCGACGGGCUGGAACUGGCACUACGAUGCAGCAAUGCUAUGCUCAGAUGUUCCCGCUCCCGUCCCGAGCAGACGGUUGCAGCGGAUUCUCCAGCCACUCAGACAAAUCUCUCGCAUGAAGACCUUGAGAAGCAUUUUAAUGAACACGAGCUAGCUGGAGCUGCUUCGGACUCGGACAGUGACGGGUCCAGGAACGGUAUGCCGGAUCGACAGCCCUCCCAGCUGAAGAAACAGGAGAUAAUCACUGAUAUUGAAAAAAAUUACGUAUUGGAUACAAAUGUUGAUAUCGGGGUGGCAGGAGAAUUAGUAGAAGAAGUAGCGGAAGAGAACAAGUCUCUUCUCUGGUUCCUUCUGAAACAGGUCAGACCUGGUAUGGACCUCAGCAAGGUGGUGCUACCGACUUUCAUACUGGAACCUCGUUCGUUUCUGGACAAACUUUCGGAUAAUUAUUACCAUGCUGAUAUCUUGGCGGAAGCCCAACAAGUAGAAGAUCCCUAUCAGCGGUUUGUAGCAGUUCUACGUUGGUAUCUAUCAGGCCUCUACCGGAAACCUAAGGGUUUGAAGAAGCCGUACAAUCCGGUGCUGGGAGAAACCUUCAGGUGUUGCUGGAGACACGGACCCGAGUCUUAUACAUACUAUAUAGCUGAACAGGUCUCCCACCACCCCCCCGUGUCCGCGUUCUACGUGGCCAAUAGAAAAGAGGGGUUCGUUAUAGAAGGCAGUCUACUAGCUAGGUCCAAAUUUUAUGGAAAUUCAACAUCAGCAAUAUUAGAAGGUUGCGCGCGCAUCCACCUCCUAAACUGGGGGGAGACUUACGUCACCACCGCACCCUACGCGCACUGUAAGGGGAUUGUCAUUGGCACGCUCAGCAUGGAACUAGGGGGGAAGGUACACGUAAUGUGCGCGGAAACUGGGUACCAUGCGGACGUCGAAUUUAAACUUAGAUCAUUCCUAGGCGGCGCGGACCAAACGAACGCGAUACAGGGUCGAAUCAAACGCGGUAAGGAGACCGUGGCUGUGCUGGAGGGAUACUGGGACGGCAAGAUUGAUAUUAAGGACAAGAGAACUGGGGAGGAAUCGAACCUAUUCGACGUAUCGUUACUCAAAGAACAGAGACUACCUCGCUUCUUGAUGAACUUGGAUAAGCAGCAGGAAUUCGAGUCCGCCAAGCUGUGGCUCAAAGUAUCCGAGGCCAUAAUGAACGAGGAUCAGGUGGCGGCGACGGAGCAGAAGACGUUGAUCGAGGAGGCGCAGCGGACCCGCGCGCGCAACCUCGUCACUCCCUGGCUGCCGCGACUGUUCCACAGGAACCUGCAGCCACUGCCCAACGACGGUGUCACAGACCAAGGAUGGGUGUACAACCAUUUAAAUAUAACGCCGUGGCAACCAGACGAGAUCCUAGAAUAUGAAGAAGAGUUCGUUAUAAAAACCUUGCGAGAUGGCGCCCCCGUGAAACCAAGUGCUGAAAUUAGGCGCGACCUAGCGAGACGGGUGUCGGACUCGGACAGCCACGACGAACUGACCAGGCCUAAGACUUCGGCGCGCACCCUAAAACAGAGUCUCUACGCAAUAGAUACCGCUCUGAGAGAACAGACUCUAGCCAUAGAGAGACUCUCAAAAAGUGUAGAGACUAUUAGCGAAGGACAAAGACAGGCUGCUGCGUUUAGGCCCCAGAAUGUCGGCAGGGUCCCGACAUCAAGUCAUUCCUGGGACCUCUUCGGCGGUUUCGUCUUAGCCAUGGUGUUGCAAGCUUUACUAAACUGGGUUUUCUACCAAAAAGACUGAAAAUGAAGUGUUGCCACUAUAAAAAAUUGCAAUGUGAUUUUUGAAAUAAUUUGAAUUCUUUUCUUCUGUUGUUCGGUUUAAUGUAGUUUGUUUUUGUGUAGAUAUUUAAUAUAUGAAAGGUUGGUUUUUUAGUUCGGCGCUUCGCUUGUUUUUCUGUCUGUCUCUGAGUUCUGUGAAAGGGAUGAUGAUGUGGCUAUAACUUAACGGAAUUUAAUUUAAUCAACAGCCUAUAAGUGGCCAGCGCUGACCAAAGGCCUCUUCUCACGCGGAGACGGUUUCAGCAUUGAUCACCAGUCCCCACGCUGCGAUUAUGAAAUACUUAUAAUCGAUCUUGUUUAGGUUGACAUCAAUUUUUGACGUUAAUUUUAAUUCUAUUAAAGAAUUACGUAUUUUUUAUAGAUAUUGAAUCUUAUUUUGAACAUUUUAGGUCAUUAUCAUCAUCCUUGUUUGCAAUUGUGACUCGAAGAUGGAGAAGAUCCUGUCACUACAUUUAAGUACAGCUUGGCAAAAAGAGUUUGGAAUUGAGGUCGCUAGUAUCGUACUUGCGGCAACCUGGUACACUACGACUCAACCGGUUUUGAUAUUUGUUAUUUUUAUCGAGUUCAAAAAGAGGAGGUACUAUGUUCGGAUGAUUGUUUAUUCAUGGGAUGUGGUCCGAAGUGAGUGAUUCAGUCCAGGUCAAUAUUAGCUCCAGCUGUCACCGUCAAACUGAUUUUUGUCAAGCUGUAUGGUACGAUUUAUAUGAAAUAUAUUUGACAGUAUUUUUAUCAGAAAAUCUGUACAAUGAAGAAAAUGUAUUAUUUUAUAUUUCAUUUGAACAUAACGGUUUUAUUUCAAACUGUGUUGCCAGCGUCAAAAAACGAACAAUAAUAAUAGAUAUCCGGAAAUGUUGCAAGAGUAAAUAUAGUAGGAAUUAUUAUUUUUAAUAAUUAUUACUUAUUACUAUUACUAUAUUAUU